AUGGUAUGUGUUGUUGAUCUGCAGCUGAGUGAGAGACAUGGCCCUGUGAUCACAGUGAACGCAGGACUACAGAGAGUAGUCUUUCUGGUCGGAUAUGAGGCCGUGAAGGAGGCUCUGGUGGAUCAGGCCGAUGACUUCAUAGGCCGAGGACCACUGCCGUUUCUGGUCAAAGUCACCAGGGGCCAUGGACUGGUGAUAAGCAACGGAGAGCGGUGGAGGCAGCUGCGGCACUUCACCCUGAGCACUUUGAGGGACUUUGGGAUGGGGCGCAAAGGAAUGGAGCAGUGGAUCCAAGAAGAGAGCAAACAUCUGGUGGAUCGAAUCAAAACUAUGAAUGGUGAGGCCUUUGAUCCCACAUACUUCCUGAGCUGCUCCGUGUCAAACAUCAUCUGCUGCCUCGUGUUUGGACAAAGAUUUUCCUACGACGACCAGCACUUCCUCAAGCUCCUGCAGCACAUCUCUCAAAUCCUCAAAUCCAUGAGCAGCCCCUGGGCAGUCUUGUACAACAUAUUUCCUGGGCUGAUGGAGUGGUUACCUGGGGGCCAUCAAAAAGCAUUUGCAAGCAUUGAAGAGCUGAGAAAGUUUGUGAUUGAAAAGGUGAAGGAGCAUGAAGACACUCUGGACUCAAACUCCCCAAGAGAUUACAUCGACUGCUUCCUCACAAGAGCCAUAAAGGAACGAGACACUUGUACUGAGUUCCACUACGACAACUUGGUUUCUACUGUGUUUAAUAUGUACUUUGGAGGAACCGAAACCACCAGCUCCACCAUAAGAUUUGCUCUGAACGUGUUGAUCAAGUAUCCAGAGGUACAAGUAAGAAUGCAGAAAGAGAUUGACAGUGUGAUUGGCCAAGAACGUUUACCUUUUAUGGAAGACAGGAAGUCCCUCCCGUUCGUGGACGCGGCCCUCCACGAAGUGCAGCGUUUCAUGGACAUAGCUCCUUUAGGAGCUCCACACUACGCUCUGCAAGACAUCCCCUUCAGGGGCUACACCAUACCAAAGGGCACAAUGAUUUUCCCCCUUCUGCAUUCUGUUCUGAAAGAGGAGAAACAAUGGGAAACUCCCUUUGCAUUCAACCCUCAACACUUUCUAGACCGGAAUGAAAACUUCAAGAAAAAUCCAGCUUUUCUUCCCUUUUCUGCUGGAAAGAGGGCUUGUGUUGGGGAGUCUCUUGCUCGGAUGGAGAUAUUUCUUUUCCUGGUAACUCUGCUGCAGCGAUUCUCCUUCACGUGUCCUGGAGUCGCAGACAGUAUUGAGCUGAGUCCUGAAGUCAGCAGCUUUGCAAAUAUUCAUCGUAAAUAUAAUAUCAUAGCAAAAAUGCGUUAA